UCCGCUAUAAGGCGGUCUCGGGAGAGUGCGGAGAAGGGGGGGGGUCUCGGCGGAUCGAGGAGUAGGAGCGGGUGAAUAUGGCGGCAGCCGAGACCGCGAACUGCAUCAUGGAGAAUUUUGUAGCCACCUUGGCUAAUGGGAUGAGCCUCCAGCCGCCACUUGAAGAAGUCUCCUGUGGCCAAGCAGAAUGCAGCGAGAAGCCCAACGCUGAGGACAUGACGUCCAAAGAUUACUACUUCGACUCCUAUGCUCACUUUGGUAUCCACGAGGAGAUGCUGAAAGACGAGGUGCGCACCCUCACCUACCGCAACUCCAUGUUUCACAACCGGCACCUCUUCAAGGACAAGGUGGUGCUGGACGUGGGCUCCGGCACGGGGAUUCUCUGUAUGUUUGCUGCCAAGGCCGGGGCCCGCAAGGUCAUUGGGAUCGAGUGUUCCAGUAUCUCUGAUUAUGCGGUGAAGAUCGUCAAAGCCAACAAGUUAGACCAUGUGGUGACCAUCAUCAAGGGGAAGGUAGAGGAGGUGGAGCUGCCGGUGGAGAAGGUUGACAUCAUCAUCAGCGAGUGGAUGGGCUACUGUCUCUUCUACGAGUCGAUGCUCAACACCGUGCUCUAUGCCCGAGACAAGUGGCUGGCGCCCGAUGGCCUCAUCUUCCCAGACCGAGCCACGCUGUACGUGACGGCCAUCGAGGACCGGCAGUACAAAGACUACAAGAUCCACUGGUGGGAGAAUGUGUAUGGCUUUGACAUGUCUUGCAUCAAAGACGUGGCCAUCAAGGAGCCCCUGGUGGAUGUGGUGGACCCCAAGCAGCUGGUCACCAACGCCUGCCUCAUCAAGGAGGUGGACAUCUACACCGUGAAGGUGGAAGACCUGACCUUCACCUCGCCCUUCUGCCUGCAAGUGAAGCGGAACGACUACGUGCACGCGCUGGUGGCCUACUUCAACAUCGAGUUCACGCGCUGCCACAAGAGGACCGGCUUCUCCACCAGCCCCGAGUCCCCGUACACACACUGGAAGCAGACCGUGUUCUACAUGGAGGACUACCUGACGGUGAAGACGGGCGAGGAGAUCUUCGGCACCAUUGGCAUGCGGCCAAACGCCAAGAACAAUCGCGACCUGGACUUCACCAUUGACCUGGACUUCAAGGGCCAGCUGUGUGAGCUGUCCUGCUCCACCGACUACCGGAUGCGCUGAGACGGCGCCCGGUGUCUCCCACCCCAGCCCGGCCGGCCCUGCACAGGCCCAGCGGCUGUGGCAUUUCUUAGGCGGUUUCAGGAUCCCCCUUCCUCUCCUUUUCUCACAAGGGAGUGACAGGGGCCUGGGCCCGGGAUGGGAGGGGUGGGGGGUGGGCACAUUGUGACUGUUUUUCAUAACUUAUGUUUUUAUAUGGUUACAUUUAUGCCAAUAAAUCCUCAGCUGGGACAGCUUGGCUUCUGGGGGGUUGGGGUUCCGUGUGCAGGUGCUAAGGUUUCAGUCUGAGCAGCCAGGAGUACCCGGAUGAUGGCGUAGGUCUCUGUCCUCACUUGUGUCUAGUUCUGUCUCACCACAGCCCUCUGAGUCUUGUCCCAACUUACCUCCUGCUCGCUCCCAGGAUCUCCCCCCCCACCUCUGGGGGGAGUGAGUCUGUCCCCCCCAGUCCCCUCUCCUGCCCCUGAGGCCCUGUUAUCUCUCGUCCCCACUGGACAUGGCUCUGAGCCCAGCUGCACUGCCAGGCUGCUGGAGUAUCGGGGUGUGGGUUCCCAGUAUAGCUAGGCCCUUAAGCUUCUCAAAAGGCCAUUUCCCUGCCUCCCCCAACACACGAUUCCUCUGUUUUUUCUGUCCAGGCCCCUCCAAAGCCAGGCCAGGGCUGAGUGGCAGUGAGCACUGUCCUGCCCUCGGCAGCUAGGGAACCGAGUUGCGGUGGAGUUGCCCUGGGGUCAGUUCCUUCUGGGGGGGUGUGACCUAGGGCGGGGUCCCACUUCAGAGGAGGGCACCAAGGUCCCACUGACCUUCACAGGCCCCUGCUGCAGGCAGGGUGUCCUCAUCCACCACCCUCCCCAUGGCCCUGUGCACAGAGCCCCAUCCCCCAGGACCCGGACCACUCGGCACAGCAUCCCUGUCUCCACAGCGCCUGCUCCGCCUGCUUCCGUACAGCUGAGCCCUGGGCUUUCUGGCAGCUGAUCCAUUCUUCUAGGAUGGUGUCCGCACUGGCCGUGCUGAGGCUCGGGCUCUGUCCCUAUUCCCAGGGGCCUUAGGUUCCCGAGUCUCCCUGGGUGAGAGUGAGGUCUGGUCUAUACUGGAGCCCAGAGCUUCCCCUUCCCCACCCCUUUCCUUGGAAGCAGAUGCUGACGCCACUUAAAAGUGUCAGCUGUCCCAUCCCUCUUCCCUACGCCUUAGGAUUCCCUCUCCUGAGGCCUGGGCGCACCAGCACACCCGUGAGGGCUCCUAGGAGCCGUGGAGGAGGGAGGUGGAGAUCUGGGUGCUAAUCGUGCCUCUCUGGCUUGGUGUGGCCUCAGAGACUUCGGCCUGUUUUACUCUCUUGGGAGGUAAAACAGGCCUUAAGCUACAUCUCACCCUGGAAGUUUAUCCAGACCAGGGGGGGAGGGGCCGGGGCUGCCCUCGCAGGGGCAACUUCACUCACCGAUUUUUCUGGUGACCAACACCCACCUGCUAUUGCUUCUAGCUUCCUCCACCCUGGGGGACCCCGAGUCCUUGGGCAGGUGGGAAAGGCUGGUGGUGUCAGGGACGUGCCUGCAAGGAGACCCUGAAGUGCGUGCGCCAUCUCAGAGCUGCCCUGUCAGAUACUGGGCCCCAUUUCUCCUGUUUGUACCUCAGUAUCAUGCUCCUCUGUGGCCCCUGUUCCCUGGGCACAUGCCAAAUAUACCACCUGCCGGAGACCCAAUACUGGCCCCGCUCUGCCUCCAAGGAAAGUUGGGCUAUGGAGUUCUAGUCUAGUUGGUCUCCUGGACCUGUGGCAGUGAGGCCUGCGCAGUGCCCAGCUCGUUGGGUGACCUUGGCACCUCUCUGCACCUCCCCUAGCCUCAGUUUACCCAUCUGUAUAUUGGGACCACGACCCCAAGUUUCCAUUGGGCUUGCCCAGAUAUCUUCCCCGCAACAGCCUCCUCCCCUCCCCCAGUCCCCACUGUGACUGGGCGGGACCCAGGGGCACCCCAGAGCCAAAUAAAAGGUGAUCUCCA